CGUCUAGGCCGGGUCCCCGGAAUAGAGAGUGGGCGCUUCCUGCGCGUGUUGGCUGUGCGAAAGUCUUUGCCGAGUUGUAGAGUUCGACCUCAUGGCGGAGAUAAUUCAGGAACGCAUAGAGGAUCGACUCCCCGAAUUGCAACAGCUGGAGCGCAUUGGACUGUUCAGUCGUGCGGAGAUUAAGGCUAUCAUUAAAAAGGCUUCAGAUCUAGAAUACAGAAUACAGCGAAGAACUCUUUUUAAGGAAGACUUUAUCAAUUAUGUUCAAUAUGAAAUCAAUCUUUUGGAACUGAUCCAGCGAAGACGAGUUCGUAUUGGGUAUUCAUUUAAGAAGGAUGAGAUUGAAAAUUCUAUCGUACACCGGGUACAAGGUGUCUUCCGACGUGCGUCAGCCAAGUGGAAAGAUGAUGUUCAACUUUGGCUGUCUUAUGUAGUCUUUUGUAAGAAGUGGGCUACCAAAGUUCAACUUAGCAAGGUAUUCUCUGCCAUGUUGGCCAUUCAUUCGAACAAGCCAGCCUUGUGGAUUAUGGCGGCCAAAUGGGAAAUGGAAGAUCGCUUGUCUUCAGAAAGUGCAAGACAACUAUUUCUUCGGGCUCUGCGCUUUCAUCCAGAGUGCCCGAAACUUUAUCAAGAGUAUUUUAGGAUGGAGCUAAUGCAUGCUGAGAAAUUGAGGAAGGAAAAGCAAGAGUUUGAAAAAGCCAAGAUGGAUGUGGGGAAUCUCGAGUAUGCUGAAGAAAUCCUUAUGGGCGAGUUGGCAAGGAUCAUCUACAAAAAUUCUGUAAACAUAAUUAAAAGUGCAGAAUUUCAUGUGUCACUGCUUUCAAUUGUACAGCUAUUCGACUUUGCCAAAGAUCUGCAAAGAGAAAUUUAUGAUGACCUUCAGGCUCUGCAUACAGACGACCCCCUCACUUGGGAUUAUGUGGCCCGGCGAGAAUUAGAGAUCGAGUCACAGCCAGGAGAAGAGCCGCCCACAACGAAACAAACCAAAGUGGCAGAGGUGGGCCGCCGGGAGGAGAGGUGCUGUGCUGUGUAUGAAGAGGCGGUGAAGACUCUGCGUACAGAGUCCAUGUGCAAGUGUUACAUCAACUUUUGCAUGGAAAGGUUUGCUAAGAAGACAAGCAGUCGGCUCCUCAGAGAGAAGAGGCUGGAAAGAACCAUGGUUGCAUUCAGGAAGGCACAUGAUCUCAGACUUCUACUAGAAUUCCAGUACAAGCAGUGGAGCGAGUUGUUGCUGCACCAUGACUUCCUUACGGAAGCUCUGGAGGUGGCAGGAGCCGGGAUGGAAUUGUUCAGAGGCUCCGUGAUGAUGUGGCAGGUGAAGCUGCAGGUGCUGAUUGCCUCAAAGAGCCCUGAUGUAGCCAUGCUUUUUGAAGAAGCCUUUGUGCACCUGAAACCCCAGAUUUGUCUGCCAUUGUGGAUUUCCUGGGCAGAGUGGAGUGAAGGUGCCAAAAGCCAAGAAGACACUGAAGCAAUCUUUAAGAAAGCUGUCUUAGCUGUCACAGGUGGCGACUCAGUCACUCUGAAGGAUAAGUACCUGGAUUGGGCUUAUCGAAGUGGUGGCUACAAAAAGGCCAGAGCUGUGUUUAAAAGUUUACAGGAAAGCCGUCCAUUUUCAGUUGAUUUUUUCAGGAAGAUGAUCCAAUUUGAAAAGGAUCAAGAAUCCUGCAAGAUGGCGAACUUAAGAGAAUAUUAUGAGAGAGCUUUGAGAGAAUUUGGAUCUGUAGAUUCUGAUCUCUGGAUGGAUUACAUCAAAGAAGAAUUGAACCACCCCCUUGGUAGACCUGAGCACUGCGGACAGAUCUACUGGCGAGCCAUGAAAAUGUUGCAGGGAGAGUCAGCAGAGCUCUUUGUAGCUAAACAUGCUGUGCACCAGGCCGGCCAGUUGUGAAAAGAGGAAGAGCACAGCCAACUUUGUGAAAUAGUGUUGUUAAGCCCUCUGCGUAGUUUUGUAUUAUGCAUUCGUUUGCUGAGAUGGCAGACGACAUGGUGUCUGAUUUUGAGACAUGCUUUAAUUUUGUUAAUGCGUUAAUCUUUAAUUCCAGAAAAGAGAACUGCUGUUUAGUGGCCAGAGGCCAAUUGUUGAGGCCAGACCUACCAUAGGUCCUAAAUAUUUUCCAAAAUACAUGGAAAUCAUAUCACUGAUCUUCUUUUAUUACCACUGGUCAAACUUGAGUAUCUCUAAUCUAGACCCAGGGGUCAGUUAAAAUAGAGAGGAAAGUACAGUUCUGUUUGUUUAUUCUCUCUUUAUUAUAAAAGUAUACGUGGUAUGCAUUUGUUGUAGAAAAUAUGGGCGGAAUAGAAUAAUGUGGAAAAGAAAAAGCAUCCUGUAAUUUUGUCAUCUGGACUAAAAUCACUAAUUUGAUUUCCUUUAUUAGAAUUGGAUUUAUACUGUUAGAUCAUUUACUCAUUCAUUCAUUCAUUGAAUACCUGUCAUAGGCAGGAAAGAAGAGAAGCUUUUUGGGAUGGAGGUAAGUGUUGGAGGAACAGAGCUGGAUGUCCUGAGUUGGUUGAAGCAACAGAGAAGGAUGCUGGGUAUUGGGGGAAAAGUUGUCCUUUAAGAAGAUUUAAGCGAUUAUAAAAGCGUGUUCUAUCUCUGGGACCGAUCUGCAGAGAAAUGUUUACAGUGGGGAGGCCCAGCAACAAAAGAAGGGCAGGGGUAGGGAGUAACUUAGAAAGAGAAGGGCUUCAGAGGCGAGGAUGGAGGGUGGCUUGGAGUAGAGAAGGGCGUUCUGGGAGCAGGGGAGGCAGUUGUUUGAAUUGUACAUCCUGUAACUUAACAUUAUGAUGCUGUCACUGGGAGAAGGAUUCAGUGCAGUUUUACUUAUUACUAUUAUGUUUCACUUAAUAUUAUGUGAUUUUUCCAUGUCAUUAAAUAGCCUUAAAAAGAUUUAAUGAAUUCAGAACAUUCCAUUGUAUAGAUGAGGCAUGACUUAUUUUACUAAUCCCCUAUGGUUGGACCUUGUCAUUUCUAAUUUUUUCUUGUAAGUACUGUUAGUGAAGAUUCUUGUAAAUCUUUGUUAAUUAACAUCACUGGUUAUUUCUUUAGGAGACUGACAUCUGACAGUAGAAUUACUGUAUUAAAGGAUAUAACUGUUUUAAAGAAUAUUGAUAAGUAUUGCCAAUUUGCAAUGUAUGAAAAUACUUUCAAGCACUGUGGGUAUUAUAUUUCUAUUUUUACCAUUUUAAUAGGUGAAAAGUGAUAUAUCCUUGUUUUAAUGUGCAUUUCUUUGAUAUCAGUGCAGUUAAUGCAUUUUUCCUGGCUCUCAUGUCUUUUCAUGUUUGCCUCUUUUUUUUUUUUUUUUUUUGCGGUACGUGGGCCUCUCACUGUUGCGGCCUUUCCUGUUGCGAAGCACAGGCUCCGGACGCGCAGGCUCAGCGGCCAUGGCUCACGGGCCCAGCCGCUCCGUGGCAUGUGGGAUCUUCCCGG